AUGACUGGUCUGGGAAUUGGGAACAUGUUUUAUGUUUUUUAUGAAGAUGGCAUCAAAAUAAUACAACCAGUGGAAUGUGAAUUUCAGAGACAUAUUAAGCCUAGUGAAAAACUCCUCGGUUUUCAGGAUGAAGUUUGUCCCAAAGUGGAUGGAGAUCCUGUUCAGCGGUGUGUAUGGGCAACGGCGGUUAAUGUAAAAGACAAGUUCAUUUAUGUAACUCAGCCCACACUUGACAGAGUUCUUAUUGUUGAUGUACAGUCUCAGAAAGUUGUACAGGCAGUAAGUACAGAUCCUGUUCCAGUGAAACUACACUAUGAUAAAUCACAUGAUCAAGUCUGGGUGCUGAGCUGGGGAAACAUGGAAAAGAAUUCACCAACUUUGCAGGUAAUAACACAAGCCAGUGGGAGUGUUUCUCAUCACACAAUCCAUACUCAGCCAGUGGGAAAGCAGUUUGACAGAGUGGAUGACUUUUUCAUUCCGGCUACAACCCUCAUCAUUACCCAUAUAAGGUUUGGAUUUAUUCUUCAUAAGGACGAACCUGUGCUCCAGAAAAUUGAUCUAGAAACUAUGUCGUACAUCAAGACAAUUAGUUUAAAGGAUUAUAAUUGCAUUCCUCAGUCUCUGGCUUACACACAUCUUGGAGGAUAUUUUUUUAUCUGCUGUAAGCCUGAUACUACUGGGGCUGUCUUACCGCAGCUUAUAGUGGAUAGUGUUACUGAUUCUGUGAUUGGAUACAAUGGCGACAUAACAGGCACGCCACAUAUGUCUCCAGAUGGACACUACCUUGUCAGCAUUGAUGAUGCAAAAGGUCUCAUGAGGAUCCAGUCCAUAACAAUGAGAGGAGAAAUACAGGACGCAUUUGACAUUCACACUAAUUUGCACAUAUCUGAUGUAGCUUUUCAGCCAUCAUUCACUGAAGCUCAUCAAUACAAUGUCUACUGUAGCUCCAGCACGCAAACUGAUGUUCUUUUCGUGGAGCUCUCCUCUGGCAAGGUUAAGAUGGUGAAGAGUCUGAAGGAGCCUGUCAAGGCAGGCGAAUGGCUUUGGAACAGUAAGAACCGUCUUAUAAAAGACAGUGGCCUUUUUGGUCAGUAUCUCAUGACCCCUUCCAAGGAAUCUCUGUUUAUCCUGGAUGGACGGCUCAAUAAGUUAAAUUGUGAAAUCACUGAAGUUGAGAGAGGCAACACAGUAAUUUGGGUUGGGGAAGCAUAA